CCUGGGAUAUUGGCAGCCUUAUGGCCUAAAGUGCGGGAGGAGUGGCACUGUUGGUGGAGGUAUCGGCGGUAAUAACACCAGUAGUGUUGGGCGAAUGUAACCCGAAAAAAAUACGCGCUCUGGGUGCGAAGCCCAGGCGGGGUCUUACUAGUCCCGGUCCCUCCUAUGAAUCCCAGAUCUGAUUCUGAGGGACCGGUACAAGGCUCGAUAUCUCGAAUCCAGUUUUAGAUUUACGAACAAGAACAAGAAUAAAACAAGACCCUUUAUAUGUAUUAAAAUAUUCAUUGCACUAAAGGAAAUACACCGAGAAUAAUUUAAAAGGUCUGCAGAGAGUACAACAUAAAGAAAUCUGUUGACAGCCCUGUACUUCAAUAAUUGAGCCCUUCUCACUGAGCUCAUGUUUUGUAUUACUACCAUUGCUGCUUUCUUGUGCUGCAUGUAUAUAUUUAUUUCAUUCGCUGUUGAUCGUGAGAAGGUGCGACGACUACUGUUUGUUUCUGAAGAUGUGGUAAAGCCUUGUGGUAAGAAGUCAUGCUAAGCCUCAGGAUGUAGGGAGCAGUGGAGGAAGUGACGGUGUGCCUUACUUUACAAUUGCCUCUGACUUUGGCCUCUCUUCACCAGGUAAACAUUUCCCCCUAUGUGCAAGUUCAUUUUGAUAAAUUUGAGUCCAAGAGAAUAUGAAGGUGUGAUGCAAAAGAUCAUAUUUUAAGCCUGGCCACUAUGCACCUUAAGCCAUAUCCAAAGCUUCAAAAGAAAGAUGCAUCUCUUGAACCAAGCCAAGAGACACUUGGAGGGCUUUGCUCAAGCCAGCGUGCAACUGUAAGAGUUGAAAGAUGCCAAUCAACCUGUAACAAACAGUCAUGUUGUAAAUCCAUUGCAGUUAGUACAGUGGCAUCUCACAUCAGCUUGUGGUGUCCGAGACCUUUUGGUUUCAUUUCUCAAAAUAAAAUGUGCAAUAUGAGGAAUCCAGCUGAAAAUCUUGCAUUUAAGGGAAGAAAGAAGCAUGUGGCUGAAAAUGUUCUGCCUCCUUCAAUUCAUCAAGAAGAAGGAGAGGCACCACUGGAUAUAUGGGCAGUCAUAAAACCUGGGAACACAAAGGAAAAAAUUGCUUUUUUUGCAGCACAUCAGUGCAAUAACAGGACUGGUUCCAUGAAAAUAAAAAGCAGCUGGGAUACUGAGGUCACAACUGCGAAACGCAGAAGGAAGUCCGCAGAUCUAGAGAAAGUAAAAAAUCAACCAAUGAGAAUAAAGGAUAAUGUGAAGGAUGUUGACAGAAAGUGUUCACAUUUUGACCCCCUAACAACCAGUAAUAGUGAGGAAAAUUCAUCUGUCAGUAACGAGAAACAAAAUGGUGAUGGACUAUGUCAUAGUAGCACUCUCUCUGUAGCAGAAAUGGUGGCUUUUCUAGAACAAAGGGCAAAUUCCCUGCUCCCAGACUGUAGUAAAACACUUACAAACGCCAGUGCUAACAUAUCAGGUAUUGCUUAUUCAAAGGGGGGUUCCUUGUCAUCAGAAUCGAUUUCUGCUACAGGUCCUGAAUUUGAUUUAAACCAUAAAACAUCAACUGAAAAUAAUAAACUACAGGGUGAGUAUGUCCGGGUUAUAGAAGUUAUAGCUAAAUUGGAAUCAGAAUGCAUGAGAAACCAACAUGACAGAAGUGGGGAGAAUCUGUCCAGGAAUAAUAGUUUUCGGAGAGGAGUGGGGAGGGUUUUGCUGACAAGUCAACACCAAUCAGAACAAAGCAUCAAGAGUGCUGAACCUUUUACAGCAUCCAAAGCAGGCAAUAGCAUUGGAGAGAACAAAAAACAAUACAGCCACAUAAGCAGAAGCUGUACUAAUCAAUGCACUGACUCACAGGAAGAUGCCACAUAUGUUGCAUCUCCAGUUAAUAACACUUCAGGUGUUGUGUUGGAUUUAUCCAGCAAAAAGUUUUCAUUAACCUGCAAAGAAACAGCAUCAUUGCCAAACGGUACCAGAGAAAUUCUCAACAGUAAUGUUGGGAUACCAGAGGAGUUGCAUAAGACCCCAUCUCUAUGUUGGGAAGUGAACAAUAGGUUUGUAUCAAACUUUACUUCACCUGGGAAUGGUAGGGAUGAGUAUGCAAAUAACUUUACUGUCGAUAAGGAGCUGGUGUCUUGUAGGGUGAAUGAGGAAACUGAAUGCAAAUCAGUAACUAGAUCUACUUGGGAAGAGUCUAAUCCUUGUGAGGAACCACUUCCUGGAGAAUUAUUUUUCACACUUGAACAGUCCCAUGUGGAAAACUUGGAUUCAAAUGAAAAUACUACUGAGGAACUCCAGGAUGUUGCACAAUGCAAGGAUGAUUUUCUGACUGCUGAAAGGAAAACAUUUGACAAAAGUUGCUCAGAAACAAGUCAGGGUGAUUCUUGUAUCUCUUUCAAAACCACAUGCCCCUCAUUAACUGAACUCUUUCCGCUAAGAAGACAAGUAUCUCAUGAAUUUCUAGAAACACGCUUCAAAAUCCAACAGCUUCUUGAACCUCGGCAGUACAUGGCCUUUUUACCACACCACAUUAUGGUGAAGAUAUUCAUGUUCCUCCCUACCAAAACGCUGGCAGCUCUGAAAUGCACAUGCCAUUAUUUCAAGUUCAUUAUAGAAAACUACGAUAUUAGAGCAACAGAUUCACGCUGGGUUUGUGACCCACGAUACAAGGAUGAUCCAUGCAAGCAAUGUAAAAAGCAUUACUCAAAAGGGGAUGUAUCACCAUGUCGGUGGCAUUCAAAACCCUAUUACAAAGUUUUACCCUAUGGUCGAUCAUACUGGAUGUGCUGUUGGCAAACAGAAAAAGAUUCACCGGGCUGUAAAAUUGGGCUUCAUGAUAAUAAUUGGGUGCAGUCCUGUAAUCAUAUCCAGCAAAUAUGUGAAAAAGCAAAAAAGAAUGGGGAAGGAAUGUGACAUUUUUUUUAAAAAUUAGUGGAUUUGGUUUUGUUUGGCUAGAUUUCUAGGAGCAUACCUGUUGGAUGAUCUGUAGAGAUUGGAAUAUUUUGUCAGUCCUGCACUGUUUACAUUGUACAGUAUGAUCAUAUUAGCUUAUGAAUCUGCAUGUACAGAACUGCAGCACCUGUUAGCUGUGCAAGAUGUGCAGUAUUUGCUCUAUCAUGUGUUUGAUCAAUGAUAGUAUUGUACUGUUAAUGUAGCUGGCACAGCCACAAAUCACUACAAUGCAGCUAUGUCAAUGUUGCAAUUAGUCUGUUUUAAAUAUCAGUCUUUUAUUUUGAAUAGUUUGUGUAUUCUAUCUAAAAUUACAUUUAAAUGAAAUGCAAAGUACAGGCGAGGCAAUGAGCUCAAACACCUCUUAACAAAAUUGGUCAUGUAAGAUAUGGUUAGAAUUCUACUAAAAGGUUGCUAUACAGUGUUGGGGAAAAUACACGAAAAAAUGUUAUUGGCAUUACAAAAUUACAGGUUAUGCAAAAUGGCUUAAUUUUUUUUUCAGUAGCAUUGCUUGGAUUUUCAGUUUUUAUUUUUGCUGUUGGUGCUUUAGAUUGAAUUAUAAUAUUGGUGAACCUUUUUCUGGUCUUUAAAGAAACUAUGUGAAAGUUUACUUGCUUUUCUGUUUUUUUGAAAAUCUCAUUCGUGUAGUUGUAAAAUGUAAGGAUGUUCACUAAGUGCUUUCAAUGAGAUAUUUUGCACUUGGCGAAAUUGUGUUUUUUUUCCUAUUUGGUAUGUUCACCUUUUGGUUGCUGAAAGCAUCUAUAUUCAUAUUUUGCUAUUGAGUCAACAAAUGGACACACUCCCUUCAAUACUUAGGUUAACAUCAGAACAGAGUGCCAUAAGUGGAGAGUUAUACAUGCCCCAAUCAGUUCAGUGAUGCAAGUCUUCUGACCGAAAUAAACCAGUUUAUGUUAAAAUAAGAUGCAAUUCAACUUUGUCAAAAACAAAAUUCAUAUGCCAUGAUAAAUUGUGUGUUGGUCCACCUGAUGUAAAUUUGCCACAUUUAAAAUUUUUAUUAUUGAUGAGUAAUAACAAUCAAUUUUAAACUUUCUGCCAAAAAAACCACAACUCUCAAUUGUGACUGAGCAUAAUGUGGAAAAAUGUGAUCUCCUCUCCAAAAUCUAUUGAGAACAGCCCAUCUUUAAAUCCAAGCAACAUAGUAAGUUAUUACAGUUUAAUAAUAACUACAUGAAUUGCGAUGCUAAAAUAUGAUUUCAAGACCCUUGUAGUUCUAUAUUUUGAAUUCCAGUCAAAAGCUCUAAUCCAGUUUGACUUUAAAAAUAAUUCAUUUUGUUAUCCCCAUCUUUCACUCAUCUCAAAAAAAAAAUUGUAGUGAAAUAAUCAUCUCAUCUCUUUGGCACAUUCUGUAUCAGUGGUUGACAUUUUUAAACGUGUCAGUGUAUAUAUGUGCAUAAAUAUUUUUAAUCAUUGGAUGUGUGGUGUUUCCCUUCAAAGGAAACAAUUCAAUUCCAUCUCACUUCAUACCCUGGUGAGUUGUUGAUUUUCUCAACCCGGGGAUAAAUAUUUUUAUUUUUUUUUACAAUAUUUUCCUCUUUAAUUGCAUUAAUGAAAAUGUUCAGUUGUGAAACAAUGGUGAAUUUUAAAGUUAAGACAGGAAACAGUGGAAAUUUUGCACAGGUUAGAUAGCAUUUCUGGAGAGAGAGCGCUAGGAUUCUGGUGACAGAUCGUCAGCCUGAUUAAAUGAAUUGUAUAUUUCUUUCUCGAUGGAUGCUAUUUGGCCUGUUGAAUUUUCUUUCCAGAUUUCCAGCAUGUACAAUAUUUUACUCUGUUUAAAGCUGAAAGAAUUGUGCCUAGUUGCCCCAUAUUAAGAAUGCUGCCUCUUUUUCAAGACUUCCAAUGUCUGUAACACUCCCAAAUCUAGUUUGAAAGAGAUCUGGUGUAAUCAUUUUUCAAAGUAAAUCUUUAAAGCACUUUUACUGCCUUUGCAAGUUUGAGAUACGUGAUUUGAUGAUGUAUCUAUACAUCUGUUUCCAAUUGUAGUCAAAACCAGGAUUUCAAUUUUGCAUUAGUGCUGUCGUGUAAACAUGUACAUUACUUGGAAUUUUAUAAAUUAUAGAAAAUAUUUCAUCAAAUGCAAUAAAUCUGAUAUAUGUGUGUGUUUUUGUUUAGUUUUUGACUACCAGUGCACUUCAUUAUCAGAUGGUGCCUAAAAAUGUUCACUACCAGUUUGUUUGCUCUUGUCUCUGCAUAACCUGUAACAUUUUUUUGUAUUUUGCCCCAAUCAGACUUUCAUGUAGCUUGCUCCAAAAGCUUUGGCAUUGAGUACUAGAUGUUGCAAGCAUCUCUAUUUACGUUACUUCAGCAGUUAAGAUACACAGUUGUGCACCUGCUGUUUCUGUGUGUCAAAUACAUUAACUUGCAAUUUUCUAAAAGCUUAAAAGAAGUUGUAACAUGAAUAAAAUGGGAAAUUAAUUAAAACAGUUACUGGUUGUAAAUGUUUGGUACCUAAUAUAGAAAUACAUUUCUGGAUUCGAACAUUUUAAAGUAGCCUUUCUUUACUGUAAAUGCUAAUCAACAUUAUGAUGGAAGCUGUAUCAGACUCCAAAUAUUCCAUUUGUUAAUAAAGCCAAAUUUUGGGUUGAUUACAAUUUAAUCAACUGUU